AUGGUAGUGACCAGCAGUACUACUACUACUGCAACUGAUGAGAAUCUAGCUUUGAAAGAUUAUUGGAGAUCAAAAUUGCCAAACACGCGAAUGCCAAAAGCAAUCCAAGCAGACCUUUUAACAAAAUCAAAAAAGCCUUCGCUAACCGGAAACGUGGAGUUGGUGUGGGAUGCGGUGGUUGCUAGUAACAAUGGCUGGGGGAGUCCCCCACACAGCGUCGGUCAGCAAGACGAUCAUCAGCUCAGUUAUGACCAAAUAAGUGAGACUUUAUACUUCCUAGAGAAUGAGUUGCACCCAGGCAGCACCAUGAACUUACACUUCACUAAGACAACUCUUGGGAUCCACUUCUUGCCACGCAAGGAGGCAGAGGCCAUACCCUUCUCCUCUAAAAACUUCUCCAAUGUCUUACAAAGAUUCUCAGUCUUGUCCGGAUCAAAUAAUGCCCAGGUGAUGAAGAAUACAAUCAGUGACUGCGAGAAGCCAGCAAGUGCAGGGGAGGAAAAGUAUUGUGCUACUUCAUUGGAGUCCAUGAUUGACUUCAGUUGUUCAAAACUUGGGACUAAUAAUGUUCAGGUCUUGUCGACGGAGGAGGAAGAGAAAGAGACGUCCCAGAAGAAGAAGAUCAUUAUUAAGAAGUACAGGAUUACAGGAGAUUUAGAGAAGAUGAAAAGUGAGAAAGCUGUACUCUGCCAUGGCAUGCCUUAUAUGUAUGCUGUAUUCUACUGUCAUACAACACGUGGCGGGACAAGGGUUUACAAGGUUCCAUUGGUGGUUGAUGGUGAUGGAACAAAGGCCCACGCCAUUGCUGUUUGCCACAUGGACACAUCUAAGUGGAGCCCCAACCACUUGGCAUUCCAACUACUUAAGAUUAAGCCCGGGAAUUUUCCAGUCUGUCACUUCCUUAUGGUGGAUCAUGUUGUGUGGGUUCCUAACAUGUAG